AGGGAUAUCGCCGUCGCCUGAGAGAAUUUCGAAAGCAGGGGGAGAGGGAAGGAAGGGAGGGCGCGCGUCUGUCCGUUCCGCUCGUUCAUCGGCUUCUACCGGACGGCCGCCGUGAUCUCUGAACUGAAGCACCUCUCUUUCUCUCUUUAUCUCUCCGAUCGGGCACUCGAAUGCCGUAGACCUGUUGCAGGCCGACGAUUCUCGCCGUUGUUGGCCGUUCGAUGAAGGGAUCUUUUACCUUCAUCUUUUCUGGCGUCUCCGAGAUACGGAAAGCUCAUGUCGUUUUGAUUUUGACAUUCCUUCGUGCCUGACGUGGUGGAGGGGUUCUCGAGGUUGGACCAUAAUGUGAAUGUUUGGAGUCGUAUCAAGGAUUUGGUAAAGGGCUUGCUUAAAAGUUGGAGGAGGACUUUCAGAGCUUGGAAAGUUUUGUGUUUGUGCUAAACUGCAAAAAUGAUAGGGUCAUUUGUCACCAGAGGCCUCGUGAUGCUUCUUGGCUACAUGUAUCCUGCCUAUGAAUGCUUCAAAACUGUGGAGAAGAACAAACCAGAAAUUGAGCAGUUGAGGUUCUGGUGUCAGUACUGGAUUAUAGUUGCAUUUUUGACAGUUUUUGAGAGAAUUGGGGAUGCUUUUGUGUCAUGGUUGCCAAUGUAUGGUGAAGCCAAGCUGGCAUUUUUUGUCUAUCUGUGGUGUCCGAAAACAAUGGGUGCAGUAUAUGUCUAUGAAACUUUCUUGCAACCAUAUGUUGCAAGACAUGAGACAGAGAUUGAUCGUAACUUGCUUGAGCUACGCACAAGGGCGGGUGACAUGGCUGUUAUGUACUGUCAGAAGGUUGCAAAGUAUGGUCAAACACAAGUCUUUGAAAUUCUUCAGUAUGUUGCUUCACGAUCAUCCGGUUCUCGUACAAAUCAGCCGCAGCAGCCGCCACAGCCGCAACCACAGCCACAGCCCCAGCCACAGCAGCAGUCGCAGUCAAACCCACCUUAUGUCCGGCCAUCUCAAGUGGCUUCUGCAGCUCGCCAACCAGUUGCAAGGCAGCAACAACAACCACAACGUGAGCCACUUCAACGUCAAACAAGCUCUGCUGCAAGCCAGCGGCGAGGGCUAGCCCAGGAAACUAAUCAACCAGCGCUGCAGGCUUCAGCUCAGCCACAGAUAGAGGAGCCUCCUUCCCAGCUUCAACCUUCAACAGCAUUACAAGCCCUGCCUCCACCACAACGAUCAUCCUCUGGGCAAACCCUGCCUCAACCACAACGUACAUCCUCUGGGGAAAGCAUUUCUGGUACUCGGGAGGCAUCUGGUCAAGUGUCAAUGCCACCUCCUCCAAGCGUUGCUGAAAUAACGGAAGCAGAGGCAACCUCUGCAGAAACCUUACCAGCAUCAGAAAAUGGUGUUGAGAAAACUCCUACUUCCGAGGAUGUUGUCAUGGAGGAUACUAUUCGAGUUACACGUGCGAGACUACGAAGGACCCGUGUGGUGAAACAGAAUGGUGUAUAGCAAUUUCUUUUUCCUUUUUUUUCCAUUUCUUCAAAAUUUCAUUGGCGGCCUAUCUCAUGUCUUCGAAUGUGCAUCCAGCAUGAUGGAAAUGCAUAAAUGGCCCAGUAAUGAUCUUCCUGUGUUUAAAAUUGUGGAAGACGUUUGGAAUAUGUUUUACGAUAUCAGGUUUGCCUCCAAAUCUGUGUUUUCUUAUAGCCAGACAGUUAGUUGUAUGCUAUGCUGAUCUCCAUUUGGUGUGGAAAGGGCAUUAAUGGUGCCAAGAAGAUAUUGUAUCAUGCUGAAUCCUGAAGCUACUGUUUAAGGACAGAGGCAGACAGUUGAAAUUUUGGAAAGCAAUGAGAAACUAGAAUCUUGUUUUUGUCUGCA